GUAUUAGUGUUCUGUAGUUUGCCGGCUCGCAAGGUGUAGACGUGUGCUGUGUUGUUUCAGUAGUAUUAAAAAAUCGUUUAAAAAUGUCCGGCGAAGGCUCCAGUUCUAAUGGUAACUCGAAAAUAGCGUUGAUUACCGGCAUAACCGGCCAAGAUGGCUCAUACCUUGCAGAGCUUCUUAUCGAGAAGGGGUACGAAGUGCAUGGGAUCCUCCGCCGCUCCUCCUCCUUCAACACCGGCCGCAUCCAGCAUUUGUAUGGGCAGCCAGCCCUCCACACAGGGGGACGAAUGCACCUCCACUACGGAGACUUGACUGACACCACUUGCCUUAUUAGUAUAAUCACUAAGACUAAACCAAAGGAGAUAUACAACCUAGGAGCCCAAUCUCAUGUUAAAGUGUCAUUUGAAUUAAGUGAAUACACAGCCCAGGUGGAUGCUUUGGGCACUCUAAGGUUAUUGGAGGCAGUGAGAGCAGCAGGGCUAGAGAAAGAGACCAAAAUAUACCAAGCUUCAACAUCAGAGCUCUAUGGAAAAGUCAUGGAAGUGCCACAGAAUGAGAAAACACCAUUUUACCCUAGAUCACCAUAUGCGUGCGCAAAACUCUACGGUUACUGGAUAGUAGUGAACUACCGGGAAGCCUACGGCAUGUUUGCAUGCAACGGCCUCCUGUUCAACCACGAGAGCCCUCGACGAGGCGAGAACUUCGUCACUAGGAAGAUCACCAGAGGAGUCGCCAAGAUCACCUUGGGCUUGAUGCAGUACCUAGAACUGGGUAAUUUGGACAGCAAGAGAGACUGGGGACACGCUAAGGAUUAUGUUGAGGCAAUGUGGCUGAUGCUACAACAAGAGGAACCAGAAGAUUUCGUAGUAGCAAUGGGUGAAGCGCACAGCGUCCGCGAGUUUGUAGAGAAAGCGUUCGCGUGUGUGGACCGACGCGUCGUGUGGCGCGGGACUGGCGUGGACGAGACGGGACAUGACGCGGAGACUGACCAGCUACUUGUCAAGGUUAACCCGAAGUUCUUCAGGCCUACGGAAGUGGACCUCCUCCUCGGCGACCCGUCCAAAGCGAAGCAGAAGCUGGGCUGGGCGCCACGCGUGUCCUUCGAGCAGCUGGUGCGCGACAUGGUGACGGCCGACCUGGCGCUCAUGCGGCGUGACCCCGAGGCAUGCAAAAGGAUGUUUGCAAACAGAGUCGACGUAGAUGACGUCAUACACAGCGUGGAGCGCAAUGCACGGAGUAUUUUUUAAGCAAUGAAACUAGUGUAAUGUUGAACGAGCCGAAUGUAGGUUGAUGAAAUGUGUGCAAUACCAGUGCGAUAUAGACCGAACAUUUUUGUAAACUGAUGGAAUGUUCAAAGUUAAGUAUUUAUUAACAUAACAGCCUUUAUAAAAACUAUUUAUGUACUUAUCCUAAAAAUAUUAUUGAUUCAUGAUUUCUCUAUUUUAAUUUUGUUAUAUUAAUGCAAUGCUAAGUGCAAUAGGAUUGAUUAAAAUUUCUAAUGUUAAACGUCGUGACGUGUCACGGUGUCUAAUUUUUGUGCUGAGAGAAAUAUAAAUUAACGCACAAGUUUAUGUUUAAGAUAUUUUUGUGCCAUUUAUGAAUUUUGUUCCACUUUGUAUACAAUCUAUUUAAAGAUUUCCACUUAAUUACACUUGGAAUCCGAAUUAACUUUUAAUUAUGAAGUAAACUAAAAUAAUUAAGCUUAAAUGUAAGCUAUUUGCUCUAAAUAGCUGUAUCUUGGCUGCCACGUAUAUUUAGCUUAUUAUUUUCAAUUGUAAAAAUGUAUAUUUAAAAUAUGCAGAUAUGGCAGUAAAAUCUGGGUAAACGUAUAGUAACGUAGUAAAUCCGGCAAGAACGAGCGGCUUCCCUUUAUGUAAUCAAACCCGCGUGGCUUGCAAUGUGAUUGGUACGGUCAGCAAAAUAAGAUAAAAUAUACAUAAUUGUAGACGUGGGAAAAAUAUACAUCACACCUUUAGGAAGUGAGACUGACUCUUCUUUUCAAAUGCAGAUUCGUAUUUUUUAGCCGGAGUACUAUGUAAUGCCGACAGUGAGACCGUCUCGUAAAAUGUUCGCUACCUCAAAUCAAAGAUAAAUAAAUAGAAAAAGCCAUUUUGCUGACGUUACCUAGCAGUUACGUUAAGUGCACAUAAUCCUCUUUUUACGUACUUAUGUUAAGAGGCUACGUAACUGUGUUCGUAGCCUACUACUAUGUAUGUGAUACAUACUUUUUAUGUGUCACUAUGUUCUUCUUGUGGUUCCCAAUAAGGUUCCGUCAUGGGGUUAAAUACGUUUUAAACGAAUAUUUUUUAUUCCACCAGUGAGAGAUUUUUUCGAAAAACAGGUAUCCUUGUCUCAGUCAAUAACAUACGUUUACUUUUCUGUCUUAUGUAAACGAGGCUCGAUUAAUUUAACAGAUUUUUUGUUAAAUGAGGGUUAAGUAUUUUUUGUGUGUAACUUAGGUUAUGUAAAUAAUUGUAAGAGCCUCUCUUAGUCACAAUUUUAUUGUUAUCCUCUUUAUGUAUUAUUAUAAAAAUUUAAGAAUGUAACUAUUUUAUCUUAAUGCAUUUAUGUUAAUUAUUGUUGUUAAAUUAUCGUAAUUCACGUCAUUUACUAUGGGAUUUUAACAUUCCACUCUACUGUGAAUCAAUAGAUAUAAAUGUGGGUUUGUAAAUAUAUAUUUUUAAUGUCAAA